AUGGCACGAGCCAGUUACUGCGAUGCCAGAACAACGCUCGAGCUCUAUAGAAAGCCAGAAGAGAAGAGAGUACCACUGAAAAGCUGGGGCAAUAUCUGCCAAGUGUCCAAGGAUCGGAGACAGCAGCCUGACGAGGAGGAGGAGGAGAUGAAGAUCCGCAGGAAGCCGGAGACGGAGAGAAGAAAGCAGAGGCGGAGGCUGGGGAUCUGUGGUGGGAUCGAUGAUGUCAUGGCAGAAAGUGUGGAAAAUGUAAAGAUCCGCCGGAAUCAAGCAGAGCUUUCCGACGGGGAGGAGCAGUUGAGCUGGCUGCGCAGUGUCAGCCUCGCCCCGGUGCCCCGCACCCUGCUCAGAGCGCUGGAAGAGGCCAUGGUCACUCUGGGGUUGAGCUACGAGAGGGAAUACUCCUGGGAUAUCUUCUCAGCCAUGAUGCGGAAGCAGUCGAGCUGUGCAUUUAAGAGCUCCGAACUCCCCAGAGGGUUCACGGACUACAUGCGGGCUAUACUGGUGGACUGGCUCAUACAGGUGCAUGAAUCGUUCAAAUGUACGGAGGAGACCCUGUACCUCUGUGUUCACCUGCUCAACAGCUCCAUGCGCCUGUCUAAAGUGAACAUCCCCACCUUCCAACUUCUGGGAAUGACCUGUCUCUUUGUGGCCUGCAAGAAGGAGGAGUGUCUGUUUCCAGAGUCGACGGAGCUGUGCUUCCUGAUGGAGAACUGCUUCACCAAGAAGCAGCUGCUGAGGAUGGAGCGCAAGGUUCUGACCUGCCUGAAGUUUGACCUCUCCUACUCCCAGCCCCUCCACUUCCUCUACAUCGUCCACACCGUGUCCCAGUGCAGCCAGCAGGUACUGCAUCUGGCCAAGUACUUCCUGGAACUGACUCUGAUGUUCAUGGAGUGCGUAGUGUGUGAGCCGGCCCAGUUAGCUGCUGCUGCCCUCUGUCUGGCGAGGAGGGUACUGCAAGAGAGGAGCUCCCCGGAGGCUGAGGCGGCCUGGACCAGGGCCGUGAGCCUUUACAGCGUCAGUGAAUCGGUACUCUGCAGGAUCAAAAGGUGUAUGUCCAGAGCAGCCCUCAGUGCAGGAAACUCUGAAACUCGAGCCACGUUCAUGAAGUACUCUGUCCCCGAGAGAAUGGAGGUCAGCAUCAACCCCAUCAUUCUUGGCUCACGAUUUCUCAUGGACUGUGUGUAGCUGACCACACCACCCUCACAGCAGUGAC